UUUGUCAAAAUUAGAAUAACCAUGCGAGUUUAAAGAUUAUGUUUUGAGUGCGGUGCGUGUUUCAUAGCGGUGUUGUUAUCUGUUAGAUUUGUGUUUCAGGACGCUAUCUGCUUUAUAGGUACAACAGCUUUGAACCAAUGAGCAAAUGUCAAAUUCAUCGUAUAAAUCUUUGUUGCGUAAUCUUCCAAGGGUAAAUUUGCAAAAUUUGAAAGCAAACCCUUACGCCGAAGUGAAACAUUCUCCCAAUCGCGGACCCCAUGCAAUAGGGCUUAAGAAUGGAGUACGACCAAAUAUCAAACCAAGGAUUGGGUACGUUCAAGAUAAAACGCCGUUUCAAAAAAGAAUCCCUAAAUACGGAUACAACAGAGAACAGCAUUUAAAACGACAGUACUUCCCAUUGACGUUGUGGCAAUUGCAACGUCAUGUUGACCUUGGAAGAAUUGACCCCACUAAGCCAGUGGAUAUCACUGCUAUUUCUAAUGGCCGAGUGUUAAGCAUGGUUGGUAGUGAGUCUAAUUAUUAUGGAAUAUACUUACUUGAGCAGGGUGCCAAUAUUUUUAAAGCAAAACUUGAUAUAGAAGUUCAAAUUGUAGAUGAACUGGCUCUUGCCACGGUUGAAAAAGCUGGUGGUACUGUUUCUACUGCAUUCUAUGACCGCAGAAGCUUUGUGGCUCUGUGUAACCCUGUAGAGUAUUUUCUUAUGGGAAAACCAAUCCAUAAAAGGCUGCUACCACCACAGGAGUUGGUAACUUACUAUACAGAUCCCAAAGUGAGAGGCUAUUUGAGUGAUCCAGCAAAAAUAUGGGAGGAAAGGAUGAAACUAGCUAAAAAAUAUGGAUAUGAUUUGCCUGAACUUUCUGAGGAACAGAAACAUCUGAUGGUUGAAGGAAAAAAAGAUCCAAGACAAGUGUUCAAUGGGUUAAUGCCGGGAUCGAUUGUAAAUUUGGCAGAUAAAACAGUUUUGGUGCCUGAAAAUGAACAUUUCAAGCAACAUGCAGCGAUGUAGCAGUUACUAUUUUGUUUUAAAUUUUACAUGUUGUGAAAACUUGAAAUCUGUUCGCAUAAUUAAUAUUAGGUAUGUUUCAAACCGUGAACUAUUUUGUGUAAAUAUAUAUCCUUUUUUCAGAA